UGCUGCAUGCGUGUCACUUUCUCGCUCCUCCCUCCUCCCUCCUCCAGUCCCUCUCUAUCUCAUCGUCUUCCUCUCCUCUCAAACCCCACAGCUUUCCCUCCUCUCCACUUCGGAAUCUCCUCUGUCUUCGCCUCGUCACUCCCCACGCCACGCCAAAGACCGAGAAAAAAGGACGAAUUUUUCCCAGCUGCAAGCAACCUCACGCCAUGGAGGAGAUGCCGCUGCAGCUGCUCUCCUCUUCCUCCGCCGCCGUCCCCGCCUGAGCUCUCCCAUAGCUCGCUCUCUCUCUCCAUCGGGCGUACCUCUCCCAGUGCAGCAAGAGAUGGCAGCUUUCGCCGCGAUGUUCGAGCCCCUCUACUGCCCGGAGGAGCACCUGGAUCUGUACCACGAAGAACCCGGCGAGGGUGCAGACGAGCAGUGGCCGGAUCAGCACGGACAUCAGCAGCCGGCGGCUCUUGACGACGAGCUUCCGGCGCUGUUCGAGGCGCUCCGGGCCAAGGAAGGGUUGGUGCUGGCGAGCGAGAGGGAGGAGGACGGGUACGGCGGCGCGGCGGGCCGGGAGGCUGCGGUCGGCUGGGCGUCACGCGCGGUGGCGCGGCUGGGCUUCUCCGCGCUCACCUCCGCGCUCGCCGCCGCCUACCUCGACCGCUGCUUCCUCCCCGGGGGCGCGCUCCGGCUCGGCGACCAACCGUGGAUGGCGCGCCUCGCCGCCGUCGCCUGCGUCGCGCUCGCCGCCAAGGUCGAGGAGACGCGCGUGCCGCUGCUCCCGGACCUCCAGCUCUGCGCCGCCGCCACCUCCGACGCCGACGCCGCGGACCCGUACGUGUUCGAGGCCAAGACGGUGCGCCGGAUGGAGCUGCUCGUGCUCUCCGCGCUUGGGUGGCGGAUGCACCCUGUCACGCCCUUCUCCUACCUCCAGCCCGUCCUCACCGACGCUGCGAUGCGCCUGCGCAACUGCGAGGGCGUCCUGCUCGCGGUCAUGGCCGAUUGGAGAUGGCCUCGGCACCGGCCUUCCGCUUGGGCCGCCGCCGCGUUGCUGACCACAGCCGGCGGCGACGACGGCGACACGGAGCUCCUGGCGCUCAUCAAUGCUCCCGAGGACGAGACCGCGGAGUGCGCCAAGAUCAUCUCCGAGGUGACGGCCAUGAGCUUCCUCGUCUGCGACGUCGGCGCGAGCGCCGGGAAUAAGCGCAAGCACGCGGCGGCGCGGAUGUACUCGCCGCCGCUGAGCCCGAGCGGCGUGAUCGGCGCGCUGUCCUGCUUCAGCUGCGAGAGCUCGACAUCAACCGCUACUACGGCUGCGGGGGUCGGCCCGUCGUGGGCACCGCCGGCGCCCGUGUCCAUGUCGUCCUCCCCGGAGCCGCCCGGUUGGGCCCCCAAGCGCGCUGCGGCGGCGGGGGUCGUCAAGCCCCAUCCGCUUCCCCCCGACGAGGAGAGCCGCGAUGCCUGGCCGUCCACCUGCGCCGCGUGACGCACCGUGCCGUCGGAACGGUGCCUAUGGCGAGACCCCCGCUCCACAGGUUGGCGGUGUAGGUGAAGGAGCAUCAUCAGAGGAGGGUCGCACCGGUGACCAGAAGAACGAACCAUUUUGCCCAUUGCCGUCCGCGAGAGAUGGGGGCAGCAAGAAGAUAAGAAAUCAAGAUGUAAUGUUUGCAUGCUUAUGGCAGCACAUUUUGCAAAUGAUGGUUCUUGUUCAAUGCUGUUAGGGGGGAUCGGAGAACUGAGCUAGAGGUGGAAGAUGAUUACCGGAUAAUUUUGCCGUCGAGAUCAUUGAUGGCGAUUAAUUAAGAUUAUUAUUAGUUGGAUUGCAA